AUGGAUUCGUGUAGGAGAGAAACCGUAGUAUUGGCUCUGUUGCUCUCCUUGUUUGGUCUUUCGUCCGCGUUGGAUUACUCCAUUGUACGCGAGGACAGUCCGGAGAGAAAUGAGUUAAGGAGUGAUCAGGAGAUGAGGUGGUUAUAUGAAGAGUGGAUCGUUAAUCACGACAAAUCGUACUCUGAUGAAGUCGAAAAGGCGAAGAGGUUCGAAAUCUUCAAAGACAACUUGAGAUUCGUGGACGACCACAACCGCCCUGGAAACAACAACACUUACACGGUCGGCCUAAAUCAGUUCGCCGAUCUAAGCGACGAAGAGUUCCGAUCCAUGUACCUGGGUCCUCCGCUUAACCUGAGUGCAAUGCCGUCCCCUCCGGUCAGUAAGCGUUACAUACCGAAAAGAGGCCAAUAUCUCCCGACAUCUGUUGACUGGAGGAGAUGGGGAGCCGUCAGCGCUGUGAAAAACCAAGGCGUAUGCGGUUAGUAAGAUUUCUUCUGUCACACAUCGAGUUAGAAUGAAGCACCGGUAUUAGUUUUUAAUAUUAUAUAUCUGACUUAGAUGUAGAUGGAUUUACGUUUUUCCUUGAAAUUUUUGCAUUUAUCCUUUGGAAAGGAACGUUUUUUCCUCACAUAGUGAUUCUAGUGUACACACGAGUAGAUAUUUUACCUGUAAGGUUCAUCAUUAUUAGGAAAAGUUCUCUCCCCACAAGUUGUCGUUUAUAUGUACAUCCGAGUACACAUACUAUAAGGUUGAUGCUAGCACUGAUUUGUCGUUUACUUCGUUACCUUUUGGAUGGACGUCCCAGAAAGCUGUCGGGCAUUCGCCACGGUCGCCGCUGUCGAGAGCCUGCAUAAAAUCACGACAGGAAGGAUGAUAACCCUCUCAGAACAGGAACUGGUAGACUGCGACCACCGAAAUAAAGGUUGCAAGCCGGGGUAUCUUCACUACACCUACCAAUACGUCGUAGAGAACGGAGGCAUCGAUACUGCGAGUCACUAUCCUUAUAGAGGAGUUGCAGGUCGGUGCAGGGCAGACCGGGUAACCUUCUCUUUCCUUGAUCUACUAUUUGACAGGUUUCCUUUGAUUUGCUGCAUGCUUAUCUUAAUAUAGCGUGAUCCUCAUGGAUUUCAUAUCACAGAGACGGGUCGUCAGCAUCUCAGGAUUUAGAAAGGUGCCGAGCUACAAUUCCUACGCGUUGCAGUAUGCAGUGUCGUACCAACCAGUCAGUGUAGCGAUUGAAGCUUCAAGCCAAGGGUUUCGAUUUCACAGAUCGGUGAGGCGACCUUGUAUUAUCUCCGGUGUUCGCAACUCAGUAGGAUCUCAUGAUUGCCGUUGCUCAAGCCUUCUACGAUACGCGGGUCGGAAUAGCGAAUCAGCUUUAGAAACAUCAUAUAUCACAACGGAUGGCAAUAUUUUCCAACCUUAUGAUUUCAAACAAGAACCAGUUUUCCAUUUAUGAAUCGAUUUCUUUUUCUCAAAAUUGUUCGACUACAUCAGACAUCAAGGCGCAGAUAGCAUGCUCUGAUCAAGAUCCCCGUGCGUCGGCGUAAAACCAAUGUUUUUUUAUGAGAUGGAAAUGCCAUAAAGUCGAUUAGUAGCACGGCUUCAUUUUUAUAAGUCUCUCCUCUUUUCUCAGGGAGUGUUCGGGGGGCCUUGCAGCGCGGAGACAAAUCACUUCCUUACCGUGAUAGGCUACGGCACGGACUACAAUGGUAUCGAGUACUGGCUUGUGAAGAACUCCUGGGGAACAGGCUGGGGCGAGGGAGGCUUUGCAAUGAUACAACGUAACGUUGGUGGGAGCGGAAGGUGUGGAAUCCUCACAUAUUCUCUUUAUCCGCUGAUGAACAGUUGGGUCAGGGCCCUGGGCAGGAAUAUCACCGAAUGA